AUGGGGUCAGCAUAUAAUCCCGAUGGCGAUCCCAGUCCUUUGUCGUCACCUUUGGGUCCCCUUUCUGAGUCCCCCGAAUCGGAGUCGGGCUUUCAGAAACUUACCAUACAAACGACCGGGCAGACCUUAAGAAGCUCCGCCGACAGCAUAUCCUCAGGUUAUGACCCUCUUUCAAGAUCCCCGUUAUUCGAGAGCGAACAUGGACUUGGUCCGUCAGGGCUGGAUCGCAUACGCCAGCAACCUUCACGAGUUCUGACCUUACCGAACUUGUCGACGUCGUCUUUAACUCCCAUGAACGUACCCCGUCCACCUCCAUCUAUGCGCUCCAGCUCAUCUUCGAGAGCUCAUACCGGUCGCAUGUCUACGAGCCAGAACACGGGGGAGUUAGAAGACCUGCAUCGAUUCCCGUUGGAAUCAUUACAUUCCUUUUCUUUCGCUCAACAAUCGGAGGAACUAUUACAUUCGCGACAAAAUAUUCUCAAAAGAUCGAUCGACUUCAUGCGCGACCGAAUGGGAUGGGCCGCCAGUAGCGCGGCGAUCGCCAAUGCGCAAGCCAACAUGACCGGAGACUCGGAUAUCCAAAGUAUGAUGGACCUUUUGACUCGGGCCAAUGUCCUGGACGAAGAGAGCGGCAACUACGGAGGAGGACCCAUCACCGGACCUGCGGAGGUCAAUGGCCAUAAUAUCUUUGAACGGGCCUUCUCUGACCACGGGUCGCCUCCGGUUAGUACUCGAGAUUCGGCCCUAGAACCUCGGUCAGCAUCCCAGGCUACGUCCGAUAGCUCCCAGCUAUUGAGUCCCAUCGUUUCAAAUGAUCGUAUUCCGCCAUCCAGAUUGGACCUGAAGUCAGCACCAGCGUCCAGGCGCGUAAGCUUAAAACGUACAUACACGGAUCUCAACUCUGCCUCGCUCAAAAACAAGCUGAUGGAAACUCUAGCGCAACCCUACACUUCCUCGGAUCCCUUUGCCUCUUUGGCUUCUUCAACCUCUGGAUUGGGAUUCCCGCUUCCCGCCUUGCAUACCCACAGCAGCAAAUGGACUCCAGCCUCCCAGGCCGUAUUCCGGACCGAAGCCCAAGCACCUUGGACAAUUAUCGCCGCUAAUGAUCUUUCCUGCCUUGUAUUUGGUGUGACUAAAAACGAAGUCCGUCGGCUUAGUAUUCUAGAGGUUGUACAGAAAGAGCAUAGACAGUGGCUUGAAGCUAAGCUUCGGGAUCCUAGCACUGAUGCCGCGGCUCGUACACCCCUUCAACCGGAAAGACCUAAUAUCCGUGCAGUAAACCCAAAGUUCCGCGGUCUGGGAAAUGGGGUGACUGCGCAGCUGCUCAAUAAGCCAUCAUCUCGUGAGAAAUCUCGCAGAGCGCAGACCGACGAUGGAUAUGGGUCCAGUACACGGAAUCCCCGGAAUGCCAAUCAUCCUGGUAACAAAUCACGCGGUGUUUUGUUAUGCGGCGAUGUUGUGCCAAUUGAAAAGCGCAAUGGUACCAAAGGAUCUGCUAGCGUGUGGGUGAUGGAGAAACGUGGUGGCCUGAUCUGGGUGCUAGAAGAAAUCACGGAAAAUGCAGCGUCUGUCGAGUGUGAUGAAUCUUGGAAUAUCGUGAAUGUCAACGGUGACGUUGAUAAGAUCUGGGGUCCAUCUGUAGUUCGCAAUGGUCAGUCAAUUACUGAGUUGUUACCUCGUCUGCCAUCGGAGUCACUCGAAACCACGCCAGAGAAGGGGAUACCCAAGAUUGUGGAAUUGAAAUAUUUCGCGGCCAAUACAGCCGCAGGUGUCUGUAUCCCAGUGACAGUCACCAACACCAACUUUGAAGGUCUUCGCACCGUACAAGUAUCCAGUUUCCCACACGUCGCAGGCAUGAUGGUAUUGUCAUCCGCAUCCCUUAAUGUGAUCAGUUCCAACUCUGUCUUCUCGUCUGCUCUUUUUGGCCAGGAGCGCCCGGAAGGACGACACAUCACGGAGCUCAUCCCGGGAUUCGAUGAAAUAUUGGAUGUGUUAACCGAGGAGGACAACGUGCCAUUGGUCGAUGGGAUCGUAAUCCCCGAACACAGUUUCCGCCGGGCGCGUACGCUGUCUAUUCUCCGGGAUGGCAAAGCUAAUGCUGCAUCGGUUUUCACUGAGCCCAGUGGCUUAUUGGCCAAACAUCGAGAUGGCUCAACCAUCGUCGUUGAUGUACAGCUUCGCGUAGUUAAGAGCGGAACCUUCUUCUCCAGAGAACAAGCUGAGAAGCUUCACGAGGAGCGAUCAAGCGACUCGGAGGACAGCGAUGAUACUAUCGCUGUGACAGAGUUGGUAUAUGCCUUAUGGGUAACUUACUCACGGCAAAUACAUGCUGCUGGACCUGCAACCAACAUCUCAUCUUCCUCACUCCCCACUUCGCAGCCCAACUCUCCUCUUAGCCCAACCGCCACGACCGAAGACACUCUGACCCAGGAUACAAAUAAGAACUUUGUUGAAAUCCAUGCACCAAGCUCGAAUCUCAGCCAACAGCUCAGUGAAGCUGCAUCUGAGCCUCUUGCGGAUCGUCCCUUACAGGCUGUCCCUGAAGUAAAGUCAGGCAAUGGCACUAAAGAGUCUCCACCGAAGCGAACGAUCAAUGACUAUGUGAUCCUCGAAGAGAUGGGUCAAGGCGCUUAUGGCCAGGUGAAAUUGGCACGACUUAAGAAGGCAGUGGGUGACGAGAAGAUGGUCCUCAAAUAUGUCACUAAGAAACGGAUUUUAGUGGAUACAUGGACUCGUGAUCGACGAUUAGGAACAGUGCCCCUGGAAAUUCAUGUUCUGGAUUUCCUUCGUCGGGAUGGGUAUAGGCAUCCUAACAUCGUGGAGAUGCAAGGCUUCUUUGAGGACAACAUCAACUAUUAUAUUGAAAUGAUUCCACAUGGCCUUCCUGGUAUGGAUUUAUUCGACUACAUCGAGUUGAAGGCCAACAUGGAUGAAUCAGAGUGUCGCAGUAUCUUCAAACAGGUUGUGAGCGCUAUUCAUCACCUCCAUACCAAGGCGCUGGUUGUACAUCGCGAUAUCAAGGAUGAAAAUGUCAUUCUUGAUGGUGAGGGGCGAAUCAAGUUGAUUGACUUCGGAAGUGCUGCAUAUAUCAAGAACGGUCCGUUUGACGUCUUUGUGGGUACUAUUGACUAUGCUGCUCCAGAAGUUCUCCAGGGCAAAUCAUACCGAGGCAAAGAGCAGGACAUCUGGGCACUAGGAAUUCUGCUCUAUACGAUUGUCUACAAAGAGAAUCCAUUUUACAACGUCGAUGAGAUUCUCGAUCACCCUCUUCGAAUUCCAUUCCUCCCCUUUUCCGAAGAAUGCAUUGACCUCGUGCGCAAGAUGCUUGACCGUGACGUCGACAAUCGUCUAACUAUCACCGAAGUACUUGAACACCCAUGGAUGACAGAGGAGUAA